GACGCGGGAGGGCCAAUGGAGAGGCGGGCCUCUAGCCCGGCCAGAAGGGGAGAGCUGCAGAGUGAGGCUGCCGCUUCUGGGAGAGUCGGAGAAGGGGGGCGGGGGAGAGCGAGAGGGGAAGGAGCUCUGCGCGGGCUCUGAGGAGGGAGCCAGCCAGCCAGCCAGAGAGCGCGGGAGGGAGGCAGGCCGGCUGGCCGGCCGGCGGAGCAGCCGCAGCAGGAAGAGGAGGAGGAGGAGGAGAAGAAGGAGGUGGAAGGAGAAGGCGGAGGGGCCACGAGGACAAGCCACUGUCCCCCGUGGGAGGCUGUGACUCUCCGGCCUGGCGGGCUCCCAGCCACCCCAGAGACCACCGGCCAUGCCGAAUAAAAACAAGAAGGAGAAAGUGAGCCAGGAACCUCCAAAAGCAGGGAAAAGUGGGAAAAGUAGCAAGGAUGUGCAAGACAAUCUGGACAUAGAGGUCACAAGCAAAAAAUCAAACACCAUCCCACCUACAGCACCUCUUUCUAAAAUCAAAGUACCUGCUACACAGACUGUAGUGAAGAAAGAAAGGCGGCAGAGUUCUUCAAGGUUUAGUCUUAGCAAUAACAGAGAACUCCAAAAACUGUCAGCUUUGAAAGAUGUCCCUCCUGCAGAGCAAGAAAAGCUUUUUAUUCAGAAGUUGCGACAAUGUUGUGUUCUUUUUGACUUUGUUUCUGAUCCACUAAGUGACCUAAAGUGGAAGGAAGUAAAACGAGCAGCUUUAAGUGAAAUGGUAGAGUACAUCACACACAAUCGCAAUGUGAUCACAGAGCCCAUUUACCCAGAAGUAGUACAUAUGUUUGCAGUUAACAUGUUUCGUACACUACCACCAUCAUCUAAUCCAACGGGAGCAGAAUUUGACCCAGAGGAAGAUGAACCAACCUUAGAGGCUGCCUGGCCUCACUUACAGCUUGUUUAUGAAUUUUUCUUAAGGUUUUUAGAAUCUCCAGAUUUCCAACCUAAUAUAGCUAAGAAAUAUAUUGAUCAGAAGUUUGUAUUGCAGCUUUUAGAGCUCUUUGACAGUGAAGAUCCUCGUGAAAGAGACUUUCUUAAGACUACUCUGCACAGAAUAUAUGGAAAAUUCUUAGGCCUAAGAGCUUACAUCAGGAAGCAAAUUAACAAUAUAUUUUAUAGGUUUAUUUAUGAAACAGAACAUCACAAUGGCAUAGCAGAAUUACUGGAAAUAUUAGGAAGCAUAAUUAAUGGGUUUGCCUUACCAUUAAAAGAAGAGCACAAAAUUUUCCUUUUGAAGGUUUUAUUACCUUUGCACAAAGUGAAAUCACUCAGUGUCUACCAUCCACAGCUGGCAUACUGUGUAGUUCAGUUUUUAGAAAAGGACAGCACACUCACUGAGCCAGUGGUGAUGGCACUUCUCAAAUACUGGCCAAAGACUCAUAGUCCAAAAGAAGUUAUGUUUUUAAAUGAAUUAGAAGAAAUUUUAGAUGUUAUUGAACCAUCUGAGUUUGUAAAGGUUAUGGAACCUCUCUUUAGGCAGCUAGCCAAGUGUGUCUCCAGUCCACACUUUCAGGUGGCAGAACGAGCACUAUACUACUGGAAUAAUGAGUAUAUUAUGAGCUUAAUCAGUGACAACGCAGCAAAGAUUUUGCCCAUCAUGUUUCCCUCUUUGUACCGGAAUUCAAAGACACACUGGAACAAGACAAUACAUGGUUUGAUUUACAAUGCUCUGAAACUCUUCAUGGAGAUGAACCAAAAACUGUUUGAUGACUGCACACAGCAGUUUAAAGCAGAAAAACUUAAAGAGAAGCUAAAAAUGAAGGAACGGGAAGAAGCAUGGGUUAAAAUAGAAAAUCUAGCCAAAUCAAACCCCCAGUACUCAGUAUAUAGCGAUACCUGUCUGGUGAGCAGUCCUGUUGCAAUGGAAACAGAUGGGCCUUUAAUUGAAGACUUGCAGGUGUUGAAAAAGACAGUGAAAGAAGAAGCUUGUCCGGUGCAGAAGGAACAGAAAAAGGAGCGUCCUAUGGUGCGGCGCAAGUCGGAACUGCCUCAGGAUAUCUAUACCAUGAAAGCCUUGGAAUCCCAUUGCCGAGCUGAUGACCUAAUAACACAUGAUGGGCAUUAGACUAUUCACGUGAAAUCUUACUCGGAGGAGAUCCCUUUCUUUUCUGGACUCUGUUCCACAGUAGAGAACUUACUUUUUUUGUGCCAUACUGAUCAAUUACACACAAGUCAAAGCUUCUUCUUUUUUUUUUUAAACCCAGUUCUGUUAGUAACUUUGCUACAGUUUGCUCAGCUGAAGAUUAGUAGUUCAAACAAUGGUACAUUGCCUGAUUCUGUAUGCAGAACCUUGGGUUGACUGAGAUUAAACAAACGUUUUCUUGGUUCCUAUUGGCAUAGUAUUAACCAAUCAGAAGCAUGGGAGGUUUGUCAUGACUACUGAAAGAAGAUCAGUCUUCUGGUACAAAUUUAAUAAGCACUGCUGUGUGCAAUCUCUCAAACCUUUUGGGGCUGCUUCACUGAUCACACUGGAAUUACAUGGAAAUCAGUUCCAUUUAGGAAAAGCCAUGAAACUAUCGUCUUGAUCUUCCUGUUGCUACAUGUAGAUAUUAGGAAGCUACAAUUGGCAAUGGCUCCUGGCUUUUGUACUCCCUCCUCACACUUUAAUGCAGUGAAAUAAUAUGUGCUUGUCACAUGUGACAAUCUAUACAGGAGGUCUGUGUCUUUUCCUACAUGAAACAACUUUCUGGAUAGGCAAAAUGUAAUGUGUGAAGUGGCCUACAGUGGCCUUGCAUGGGUUUCCCCCACUGAAACGAGUGGAAAUUGUGCAGCAGUAAUGCCUGUUAGACCGAGCUGAUUGUCUUGCUUUCUCUCUCUGCCCCCAAUGGUUGGUACUAUGGCUAUGUGCAAGAUUCUAAAUUCAUAUAUAACUAUUGGGCUUUUUUCUGAGACUUAAAAAAUAGUUUUUAAAAAUCUUCAUUAUUGCCUUACCAUAUUCUGUCAGCUUGAAAACAAGUUUGGACUGUUCUCUCAAGUGCAGCCUACAGAAUGGUAAUUUUCAUGACAAUCUUCAAUCACGGCUAAUUUCUAGUAGCUCUGUUUAUCACAGAGAGGCACCCUCUAAGUACUUUACAUGGAUUGAAGCCAUACUUUCCAGUCCUUGGCAUGUUACACAAAAUGCAUAUUUUGGAAAUGAGCUGGUCGAAGAACUUGUGGUCUUAAAAGUGAAAUUCUGUCUGCCUUGACUAGAAAUAAAUUGCAUAUACCUUUUUUUUUUUUGUUUUUCAGAAAUUUAUAAUUUGUUUGCUAAAAUGAAUUCAUGUUUUUCUCCCUUACCUGAAUUUUUACUGCAUGGAUACUUGGGGCUCGAAGAGUUCUGGUGCAAACAUCAUGAGACCACUUAAGUUGGAUAUGUUCGCUCCGGACAAUACGGUUGAGUGAAAGCAUCAGUACUUUUUUCCCCAGAUUAUUUUCAAUAAGGUAAAAGAUCAUACAAUGGAAUUCUGCAUUUUCUUCAGUGCUUCUCUCAAGAGCUGAGAAACUACUUAUAAUAGUGUUGCUCUCAAUAUCAUUUUUUAUCUCCCUGUGGUGAAGAGCAGAUGUAGUACAUACACACCUCACAAGCAAAACAAUAACACAUCUGAGUUGCUGUAGAUCUUCAAAUGCUGCUAUAUAUUCUACAAAAUUACUUAUCUGUUAUGAGAUCUUUCAUUGUUGUAGAUUGGAAAGCACGAAGGGGUGUGUGUAGAGAGUGUGCGUGUAUGUAGUGCUUUGUCAUCAAUAUUUGAUUUCUCUCAGGGUGGCCAGUAUUUUAGACUCUCUUAUCUUGCUUUAAGAGCUGUUUUCAGAUGGGUUUUAUUUAAAAUGGGUGACUUGUGUUUUUUGGCUCUGGAAGUAACACAUACUAUAACUUAAUGUUUAAUGUCUUGAUGCAGAAAAAGUUAGAUAUAUGGCUUCUUUAAAAUAGGGGCUUUUUAAAAGAGAUGAGAUCUCUUGAAUCCAUUAAAAUUAUUGCGCAAAAGAAGCAUUUAUAAUAAUCUUGUGCAGAUGUUGUGUCUGCUGUCUGGUCUCACUUGAAUAAAAUGUUCAAUACUUACUGCAAAAGCAAUGGAAAACAAAUCAUACUCUUUGGGAUGGGAAUUAAUGGUAAGACAAAAACUAAAUUCGAAAACCACUUCAAAUAAAAUACCCACUCAGCAUGAGAAUAAUUCCUGUUAAACUUGAAAAUAAAUAUGCUUUAUCAUAAUGAAAAACUAUAAUUACAGCAGUUUAAAGUUGUCUUCCCCUUUUUGAAGCAGGGGAGUGCUUUUGUAAUUCCAUAAAGCAAUGUCUAUAUGUAUUUUGAUAUACCAUUGUUUGAACUUCCAUCUUUAGCUGAUAACAUCAAAUAUCUUUAAUUUGGCUGUUUGGUAGGUUCAUGAAAGAGGUUUCUGGAAAGAAGCACGCUAACUAAUCUUAUCCUGUGGGGAAAGGGAGGGGAAAAAUAUUGUAUAUCCAUGUUGGGUUGACUGUGUAAUGCUCAACGUAUAAGAUCUUUCACUGUCUAGAUUUUAUUUUUGCUCUCUAACUGAAGAUAAACAUCCACCAAAAAGAAAGUGUUCUGGGAUAGCUGGAGGAAUUAUGCCAUGACAAUUUGCUUGUGAGAUUUUAGGCCAGUUGGCAAACUUGCCUAAGCAAUAUUUUAAAAUUUAGCAGCACCAAUUGUUUGGCUUGUUUGUUAUCACCAUUUUUUAUGCUCUGUAUAAGUUCUGUAUUAAAUUAUUCUAAAAUUCAUCCAAAAUAAAAAAAAGUGCAAAUAAAGUACAAUUUUGGUGACUGUUGUUCAUAAAGUUCAGUAUUAGCCACCUUCCCAUGUUCUCCAGAAUUUUAAUGCCUGUACAUCAGGAAUGUCAAAAAGGAUAUUACAAGUGUCUUUUUUUCGUGUGUGUGGCUUUAGUAUGGCUUCAUUUUAAUAUUGUACAUACAUUGUACUUUGUUUUAUUGUAAUGAGUAAUAAAAAUGUAGACUUCAUAUUUUGUACAGAAUAGUCCUAUGUACAGAAUAAAAAGUUCCUAGAAACAGAAAAACAUAGGUAAGUGGCACAAUUUUUCUUUAUACUAUAUCUGUAUCUUAUGCUUUAGUGGAAUGCCAUGUUCAAAUGUACCAACAUAUUUUUUAAUAUUUUGUAAUUCAGAUUUUUGUUCAGAUAUUGUUUAUGAAGAAAAUCUUCAUACACCUGCCAUUUAAUAUUCUCUUUUAUCUAGUUUUUAAAUUUUAAAAAUGGUGUAUUAUAUGGAUUAAAUAAAGGAGAAAUGGACUUUUA